UAUGGAAGUCUCAUUAAAUUUUACAGAAGAGCCUAACCCAGUGGUUAUAGGGUGUCCAUAAGGAUUCCCAAACUAUUCUAAUAUUUAAAUUCUAACAAAGAAUGGUGAAGAUGUAAGUGAACCUUAAACUAGAAAAGUUAUUAAAUUAUCCAAUGAUUAAAUGACUUGGAUUGGAAGACAAAAUCAUACAUAGUCUAAUAAUUUUAUUGGUAUUAAUUAUACAUAAAAACAGGUAUACAUUAAGGAAACACAAUCUCAUUACAUCCUGUAUUAAUACAAGCUACUCUUUAAUAAUAAAUACAUAAAUAAAAUAAACAAUAAUAAUCUAGAAAUUCAGCACUUGAAGAUGGAUUAACUUAUUUUGAACAAAGGAAAAUGGUGGCUGAAGAAAUGGGUACUAAUAAAAGUAGAAGAAAAAUGAGAUAGAUGGAAACAAACAAGGUUGAAGAAGAGAAUAUUGUUUAAGCAGAAUCAAUUAAAGAAAAGUUUAAUUAGAAAUAAUAAGAAAUUUAAGAACAAUUAGAAGUAGAAAAAGAAAUCCAUUAAAUGGAAGAAGCAGCAAUUAAAGAAGAAUUACUGCCAGAAUUUGUUAAAGGAAAUGUUCCAGUUUUCUAAAUAUAUAAUGUAAGAUCAAUUGUAUCUGAAGAAGAUAUGGAAUUAUUAGACAUUUCAAAAUUAUAGGUAUUUGUUAGCACAAAAAGGGAAGAUACUUUACAUCAUUAUCAUCCUUAAGUAAUAUAAAUAGCAUCAGGAUUAAUAUUUGAUAAUAAAACAAAAUUGACUAUCUUGAAAUAUUUAGAAUAUUUAAAUAUUUUGUUUAAGUUCUAAUUUAAAUAAGUGUUUUCAAAUAAAAAUGCUUAAAAUAUAGCACAUGAACUUGGAAUUUAUAAUCAUAAAUUAGUAACACCUAUUUUGGAGAAAUUUUAUUAGGCAACUCCUGGACAAGGAGAAAAUAUAUUUAAUUUUAGCAGAUCAAACUUUCUGAAAGAUAAGUAUAUAUGUUACAUAAUAGUAUUGCAUUUAUUCAUACACAAAUUUUAAUUUGACAUAAUUCCAUUAGCAAAACAUUUGAAAUUGGAUAUAAAAAAAUUAAUUAUGUAUUGCAAAGAGUGUGGAUGCACAGUUACAAAAAACAAUGAAAAAUAAAUUGCUAAGUUGAAGCAAUUUAAAUAAUGA